AUAUUCCAUACGAACGAUUCUCUCGCGCAUACACAGAUUGAUACGCAUGUCACGAUCAGCAGCGCCUCAAUGACGUUUGACUUCGAUCCUUUGACAUUUAUUUCAAAAACAUUGCUCCAAAAUUUCUACCCAGCGGAGUCAAAUGUCCCGGUCAACGUCAAGUGGUGAAAGAAAUACUGCUAGUGAAACAAGAAUGGAUGAGGAGCCAGAUGUUCCAGCCAGAAUGAGUCAACCUCAAAAUUCCUAUAAAAUAGCACCGAUGGAUUUCGACGAAGACCGACCCCAGGAGAUGACCGCCUCGUACUCCGAAAUCUCCUUUGACUCUCAGUCCUCUCCGCCGAUCUCAGAACUCCGUUCGCUGGUAGAAUCCCCGGAUAUCGAUGACGACGAAUUCAUGACAGACGAACGAAUGAGGAAAAUCGAUGCCCUGGCUGACAGGCCACACAUGCUAAAUUUAAAAAGCCCCGAGGGUAGCCCUGAGGAAGAGGAGGAGGGCCCAGAUCUCCCGGGGUAUAGGAAAGCCAUGGGGUAUUUACGACUGGAGGGGACUGUCAUGCAGGAGGGGGAGAUGGUGCUGUUUGUUGCUGAAGAUUUGGAGAAUAAAAUAAAGCUGUCGAGUCCUGUUACGAAGAAGGGAGAAACCCCGUCGUUCCCAGGCUCGAGAAGUUCAACUCCUUGUUUAUACAGACAAGCAUUAAAUCCACAGUUACCAUUACCUGAUCACAAUGCACUCAAUGAACUCGAGAUGGAAGCCAGGAAAAUAGCUACUUCUGUUGACUCACUGACUGAGAAUUUAGCAGCUAUUCUCCACAGUGCCUCAGCUGUUACUGUAGAUUGUUUAGAAACAUACAGAGACGCCGUUUGCAAAACCUGUGAUGCAGUAGACCAUAAUAUUAAAUCGAUGUAUCAAUUAAUGGCAAAAUGCGAGGAGCUAUCAAAAUCCAUGGGCCCCAUCUACAAACUAGCUGAGCAAGUGAAGGAAAUGAAACGAUUACUAGAUUUAUUUGAGGGGACAAUGAACCUAUGAAUACAUAUCUGAAGUAUUAACUCGAUCGAGUAACAUCGAUAUUCGUUAUAACACUCCUCACUAUUUUUGAAAUAAUAAAUUUCCUUAAUCAUC